GCUUCGUCACCACAGCCCAAACAAUCGAUGCAAUCUUUCGCGAUCCUCAUCAACCUGACAGUUACCGACGGGCAUAUCGAGCGCUCCCAUCGGCAUCACCCUCCCAUGACGCACAAUUAAUUAAGGUGGGUUAUCAUAAAAAUAACUGGCAUCAUCUCAAUACUCCUCGAGAAAAUGCCUCGCCACGUCCAGGCCGACGUGCAUUCCGCCUUCGUGGAAUUUCGAGCAGGACAGGAUGACAAGUGCAUGUCGGUGCAAUGCCUGUACUGCCAGCAGGUUAGGGCGAAGAACACCACGCGCCAGAAGCAGCACCUCCUGCAGUGCGAGAACUACCUCCAAGCCCACCCGGAGGCGGCCCUGCAAGCGUCGGCAGCAUCUGCUUCGGCCGCAGCGGACGCGGCAUCUGCGGCAGCAGGAGGACAACCUGCUGCUCCUCCAGCGCCCGGAGCAGCACCACAGGGCCCGCCUGGCGUGAGCAAUGGACCGGGCCUCCUCCCAGCCCCCGCCUACCCGCAAGAGGGUGUCUCCGCGGCAGACCAUACCGACCUGAGCUUUAUGCCAAACCCGCGUUUCAACACUUCGCCGGUGCAGGGCCGCGCGUCGAUUGGAAGUGACCUCGGGGCACCCCCGGCCAAGAAGCAGAAGACGAAGUCGUCGCUAAACGUGCCCGAGAUCCCCCUACGCGAUGUCCACGCCGCCUUCGUGGAGUUCCGCGCCAAGGAGGACGACAAGUGCAUGUCGGCCCGCUGCAUCUACUGCAACCAAGUCCGGGCUAAGAACACCUCGAGACAGAGAGAGCAUCUGAUGACGUGCCCGGGCUAUCAGAGUGUGCUGAAGGAGAAGAUCCCCGCCAACAACCUGCGCCACCAGUUCGACGAAGAGGAUGUUGCGAGCUCCCUGGCCCUGCCCGCCCCUUCUUUUGACCUCGAUUUCAGGAUGAGCAUUAGAGUCAAGCCCAAGGUGAACGUGGGACCCAGCCCCGUGGGCCGCCAAAGCUGGGUCGCGUGUAUCGGGGGCCAGUGGGCCGGCCGCUGGGGCAAGGGUGUGUUGCUGCAGGGCGGACAGGACACCCAGACGACAGUCAGGGAUACGGCCACGCGCCUCGAUGCGCGGUAUCUAAUGCAGACGAACGACGAGCAUCCCGCGCACAUCAUCUGCAAGGUCACGGGGUGGCUGACCGGCGACCGAGAUGUCAUGGAGCGGCUUUCGGACCCGGUAGCGGCGGACAAUGUCGCUGCUCACCGGUACCAGCUCCGCGUGACGAUGGAACUCGAGACCGGCGACGAGCGCUACCAGGACAUAAACACGGGCAUCUGGGUCGGCAGCGGCUGCCGCAGGGGCGCCGAGAUCGUGUACGAUGCCUAUCGGAUCAGCUGAGCGCGCCUAACCAGGCCCGCUGCUCGCUGGCAACAAGCAAUGAGCAUGUCGCCGCCGCCAUAAUCUUCGCUCGCACCACAAUCCACGCCCAGCUUAUGUAGCGACCGCCCUGCUCAUCGUCGGCGCCG